GAAGAAUUGCGACGUAUUCUAAAUUGCGUGGUUGUAAAAAUAAGUGAUUCAGAAUUCAAAGAACUAAUGCAAACGCUUGACCCUGGGUGCACCGGAUUGGUCAACGUCAGCACGUUUAUUGAACUGCUUGAAGAGAACCCUAAGCUAAGCAAAAUAUCCUCCUGUAAAGACACCAAGGCACCUCUCUUCCUGGCUUGGGAUUCAGUGGAAGAAAUUGUUCAUGACUCCAUUACCAGGAAUCUACAAGUUUUCUAUAAUAUGCUGCAGUCACAUGACCUUGGAGACACAGGGCUCAUUGGGCGAAAUAACUUCAAGAAAAUCAUGCGUGUUUUCUGCCCAUUUUUAACAACCGAACAUUUAGUAAAACUCUGCAAUAAGUUUCAGGAUAUUGCUUCAGGAAGAAUCCUUUACAAGAAACUUUUGGCAUGCCUAGGAAUUAAUGGCCCACCCACUGUCUCUCCAGUUCCUGUUCCAAAGGAUCAGCUGUUAAAUGAACAUCUUCAAAAAGAGGAACAGCAGCUGCCAGCUCUUUCUGAGAGAGCCAAGCCCACUGAGAGUAAAAGUGCUGUGACCAAGAAUAUGACCAAGGAUGCGGUUAUUGAAAAACUCAAAAACUGUAUACGGCAGCAGGACCCAGCAUUCAGAAAACGAUUUCUGGACUUCAGCAAGGAGCCUAAUGGCAAGAUUAAUGUGCAUGACUUCAAGAAGGUCCUGGAAGAUAACGGAAUGCCGAUGGAUGACAAGCAGUAUGCUCUGCUGACUGCAAAAUUAGGAUAUAAGAAAGAAGGGAUGAGUUAUCUUGAUUUCGCAACAGGAUUUGAAGAUCCUAAGAUGAAUGGGCCAGAAGUGAGUUCAUCUCAGACUCCAGUUCUUUCCAAAGGGAACUUGGACGGCUACUUUAUAACUGCUGAAGAGUGCCUGAGACAGUUCCCCCGGAGACUGAAGGAAUCCUUCCGGGACCCCUACGCGGCCUUCUUUAAGAUGGAUAUGGACAGGGAUGGCAUCGUCACCAUGCACGACCUUCAUCGGCUGCUGCAGCACCUGCUCUUCAACCUGAAGGAUGAGGAUUUCGAGCGAUUCCUGGGCCUUCUUGGCUUGAGGCUCAGCGUCACGUUAAAUUUCCGCGAAUUCCGAAACUUGUGCGAGAAGAGACCGUUCAGAAUAGAAGACACCGCGCCUCAGAGACUCAUUAGACCAAAACAGAAGGUCGCAGAUUCAGAACUGGCUUGUGAACAAGCGCAUCAGUAUCUUGUUACCAAAGCAAAAACCAGAUGGUCAGACUUGUCUAAGAAUUUUAUCGAAACCGACAAUGAGGGCAACGGCAUUCUUCGACGACGGGAUAUAAAGAACGCGCUGUACAGCUUUGAUAUUCCCCUCACACCCAGAGAAUGUGAGAAGCUUUGGAUGAGGGAUAAGCUUAAGGACCACUAUCAAGAUAUCAGCAAAGCACUCACCAAACUAGAUAAUUCCAAAAAUGGCUACAUAUCCUUAUGCAAGAUGCAGACGUUGCUGCAGGACUGCGGCUGUCCUCUGAAGGAAGAGGAGCUGGCCGAUCUUCUAAACAGUUGGGGAAUCAGCUGGCAUGGUAAUUCCAUCAAUUACCUUGACUUCUUGAGAGCAGUGGAGAAUAGCGAGCCGACAAGACCUCAGCCACAAGAGAAAGAGGAGAGCGUGCCGAUCAGUUUUGCGACCCUAAGUCCAGAGGAGCUUCUGAAGAACAUCCAGGAGGUCGUUGCCUCCUCCAAUCCGGCUUUGUCAGCGGCAUUUUCUGCACUGGAUAAAGAGGACACUGGGUUUGUAAAGGCUUCGGAUUUUGGACAAGUUCUUAAGGAUUUCUGUUACAAACUAACAGAUACCCAGUAUCAUUAUUUUUUGAGAAAACUAAGAAUUCAUCUCACCCCCUAUAUAAAUUGGAAGUAUUUUCUCCAAAACUUCAACAGUUACCUUGAGGAGGCUGCUGCUGAGUGGGCUGAGAAGAUGCCCAAAGGCCCGCCGCCCAUAUCUCCCAAGGAAAUGGCAAACCAAGAGGUCCUGGCCCGGCUCCACAAAGCCGUGACCUGCCACUACCACACCAUCGCCCAGGAGUUUGAGAACUUCGACACCAUGAAGACCAAUACCGCCUCCAGGGACGAGUUCCGGUCCAUUUGUACUCGCCACAUCCAAGUUCUGACGGAUGAACAAUUUGACAGGCUCUGGGACGAGAUGCCCGUCGACGCCAGGGGAAGGCUGCAAUACCUGGACCUCCUGAGCAGCUUCAGCUCGGAGAAGGCGGCCCCGGGCGACUCGGCCAAGGCGCAGAGAGGGAGCAGUGUCCCCCAGGUCUCAGAGAGAAGCAGGUCUGCAGGGUCAUCGCCCGCUCGAGACCUGAAAACAGGGUCCAAACCGCGGAGUCACCCCUGCACCCCCGCGAGCACGACCCCGCCGCUGCAGAACUGCAAGCCCAUCGAGAACAAGCUGCGGAAGAAGAUCCAGGGCUGCUGGCGCGAGUUCCUGCGAGAGUGCCAGGAGAGGGACGCCAACAAGCAGGGCGACAUCCCCGCCACCGAGUUCCAGGUGCUCGUGGAGAAAUUCAACCUGGAUGUAAACAGAGAUGAGUGCCGGCAGCUCAUCGUCAAGUACGACUUAAAGAACAACGGGAGGUUUGGUUAUUGCAACUUCAUUCAGAGCUGCGUCCUCCUGUUAAAAGCAAAGGAAACCUCGCUGAUGCAGAGAAUGAAAAUCCAGAACGCGAAUAAAAUGAAAGAAGGCGGUGCUGAGACGUCUUCCUUUUACUCCGCUCUGCUGCGGAUUCAACCCGAAAUUGUGCGCUGCUGGAGGCCGAUGCGGCGCACGCUCAAGGCCUACGACGAGGGAAGGACGGGGCUUUUGAGCGUGGCUGAUUUCAGGAAGGUCCUGAGGCAGUACAGCGUCAACCUCUCCGAGGAGGAGUUCUUCCACAUCCUGGAGUAUUAUGACAAGACGCUGUCUUCAAAAAUCUCCUACAACGACUUCCUCCGGGCCUUCCUUCAGUAGGGGGACAGCUCUGUGAGCCCAGCGCGGACAGACAGGGACUGCAGGGCCUGUCCCCCAGACUAGUGAAAUCUAUCAUCGGGGUGUCUCACGAACUUCCAGAGUGUCCGCAAAACAAAGCCUACACCCACGCCCGGCCUGCGUCUUUCCGAGGUCAUCCCGGGCCCAGCGCGGGGCUCUAGCAUCAGCAGCGGCCUUCCAGAGGGCCUCGGGGCUGCCCCGCUGAGCCUCGGGACCCUUGUCAGUUUGAGCAAAUUAAAAUGUUAGUCUUUGCAAGAAUGAUGCUUGAGACUUUAA